GUUUUGAAGGCGCAGAAGCGUUGCACUGUACCGCAUCGUACCAGACUCUUUCUCCAGGUCGUCUUCGGCUCUUCGCCUCUCUCUAUUUCCGGCGAUGGAUCCGUACAAGUACCGCCCUUCGAGUGCUUACAACUCCCCCUUCUGGACCACCAAUUCUGGUGCUCCUGUCUGGAACAAUAACUCAUCCUUGACUGUUGGAGCAAGAGGUCCAAUUCUCCUAGAGGAUUAUCACCUGGUCGAGAAACUUGCCAAUUUUGAUCGGGAGCGGAUCCCAGAACGUGUUGUGCAUGCCAGGGGAGCCAGUGCCAAGGGUUUCUUUGAGACCACCCAUGAUAUUUCUAACCUUACAUGUGCUGAUUUCCUUCGAGCCCCAGGGGUCCAGACACCUGUCAUUUUACGUUUCUCCACAGUUAUUCAUGAGCGUGGCAGCCCUGAAACCCUGAGGGAUCCUCGAGGUUUUGCAGUGAAGUUUUACACCAGAGAGGGUAACUUUGAUCUAGUGGGAAACAAUUUCCCUGUCUUUUUUAUCCGUGAUGGAAUGAAAUUCCCAGACAUGGUCCAUGCUCUGAAGCCCAAUCCUAAGUCCCACAUUCAGGAGAACUGGAGGAUUGUUGAUUUCUUCUCCCAUCACCCAGAAAGCCUGCACAUGUUCUCAUUCCUCUUCGAUGAUGUAGGUAUUCCACAAGAUUACAGGCACAUGGAAGGAUCUGGUGUGAACACCUAUACUCUGAUCAACAAGGCUGGAAAAGCACAUUAUGUGAAAUUUCACUGGAAACCCACUUGUGGGGUUAAGUGUCUGUUGGAAGAAGAGGCAAUCAGGGUUGGAGGAAGCAACCACAGCCAUGCCACUCAGGAUCUCUAUGACUCCAUUGCAGCUGGGAACUAUCCCGAGUGGAAACUUUUCAUCCAAACAAUUGAUCCUGAUCAUGAAGACAAAUUUGACUUUGAUCCACUUGAUGUCACCAAGACCUGGCCUGAGGACAUACUACCCCUGCAACCAGUCGGUCGCCUGGUCUUGAACAGGAACAUUGACAACUUCUUUGCUGAAAAUGAACAGCUUGCAUUUUGCCCUGCUAUUGUGGUUCCUGGUAUCUACUAUUCAGAUGACAAGUUGCUACAAACUCGGAUCUUCUCCUAUUCUGAUACUCAGAGGCACCGCCUUGGACCAAACUAUCUGCAGCUCCCAGCUAGCCCCAAGUGUGCUCAUCAUAACAAUCAUCAUGAAGGUUUCAUGAAUUUCAUGCACAGGGAUGAGGAGGUCAAUUACUUCCCUUCAAGGUAUGAUCCUGUUCGUCAUGCUGAGAGGUACCCCAUUCCUCCUGCUAUCUUGACUGGAAGGCGUGAAAAGUCCAUCAUUCCAAAGGAGAACAACUUCAAGCAGCCAGGAGAGAGAUACCGGUCCUUUGCACCAGACAGGCAAGAGCGAUUCAUCCAGCGCUGGGUUGAUGCUUUAUCUGAUCCACGCGUCACCUAUGAGAUCCGCAGCAUCUGGAUCUCCUACUGGUCUCAGGCUGACAAGUCUCUGGGUCAGAAACUAGCAUCUCGUCUCAACGUGAGGCCAAGCAUUUGAAGAUGAAAUGCAGCUGGAUGUUUUGAGUUACAGAGAGCAAGCCAACAAUAUCAAAUGUGGAGCAGAAGGUACUUGGUUGGAAGCAUAAACCUAAUUUCAAUCGUUUGAUUACUGUGGUAUAUUAAUAUCAUAAUAUACUAAACAAACUCACUAGUCAUGUGACUCUUCAAACUGAUGUUUUGAUCUUAAUAAAGUGAGGAUUUAUGUGCAAAUGAUAUGAUGA